CUCCGCCCCGGAUGGCUCCCUUCUCCAGCCCACGUCGUCAGUCUCGGUCGUGUCGGGCCGGGUUGAUGAUGGGUGGUGGGAUGCGGUUGACACUGGUGGUGGCGUUGCUGCUCGGGGUAGCGGGAAAGGCGCCCCCGGUGCCGGUGGAUGAUGUAGUGGUGGAGAAGCGGUUCGAGCCACGGGAGUGCCUACGGGCGGUGCAGCCAGGGGAUUUCAUCCGCUACCACUACCUGGGCACCCUGGCCGGGGGAAAGGGUUUCGACUCCAGCUACGAUCGAGGUUCCACUCAUAAUGUGUUUGUGGGCAAAGGCCGACUGAUUGCCGGCAUGGACAAAGCUCUGAUAGGGAUGUGUGUAAAUGAAAGGCGCUUCAUCAAAGUGCCACCUGACCUGGCCUAUGGCAGUGAAGGACUGCCUGAUAUGAUCCCACCUGAUGCCACCUUGUUCUUUGAUGUGUUGAUGCUUGAUAUCUGGAAUCCUGAAGAUAAAGUGAAGAUUGACGUUCAUUAUAAACCUGAGAACUGUAACCGCAUUGUGCAGGUGUCCGACUUUGUGCGUUACCACUACAAUGGAACCCUCCUCGAUGGCACCCUCUUUGACUCCAGCCACACUCGCCAGCGGACCUUUGAUACUUAUAUUGGAAUUGGCUGGCUGAUACCAGGCAUGGAUGAAGGGUUGUUGGGCAUGUGCAUUGGGGAAAGAAGGACGAUCACCGUUCCCCCUUUCCUGGGCUAUGGAGAUCGAGGAGAUGGAAGAGAUAUUCCUGCACAAGCUACUCUAGUCUUUCAUGUGUCUCUGAUUGACUUCCAUAAUCCUAAAGAUAGUGUGACCAUUGAGCAGGAAUUUGUGCCCGAUCCCUGUCCCAGGAAGACUAAGGCAGGAGAUUUUGUGAGAUAUCAUUACAACGGCACAUUUAUGGAUGGCACUUUGUUUGAUUCCAGCUAUUCUCGUAAUCAUACUUAUGACACCUACAUUGGGAUGGGCCAGGUGAUUGCUGGGAUGGAAGAAGGAUUGUUGGGUGUGUGUGUUGGAGAGCGGAGGACCAUUAUAAUCCCUCCACAUCUGGGAUACGGUGAAGAAGGUGUAAGCGAUAGCAUCCCUGGCUCUGCUGUCCUUGUUUUUCACAUCCAUUUGGUUGAUGUCCACAAUCCAUCUGAUAAAAUUGAGAUCAAAACUAACCACAAGCCAAGAAACUGCACUGCCCGAACCAAGAAAGGGGACUACAUCAAGUAUCACUUCAACGCAACUCUAAUGGAUGGGACGCAAAUAGAAUCGACUCACAUCUAUGGAAAAACGUACAACGUUGUUCUGGGAUCUGGUCAAGUGGUCAUUGGGAUGGACAUGGGUCUCACAGGAAUGUGUGUUGAAGAGAGACGGACUAUCAUAGUCCCACCUCACCUGGGCUAUGGAGAGAAAGGGCUUGCAGGAGAGGUUCCUGGCAGUGCAGUACUUGUCUUCAAUGUGGAGCUUGUAGAAUUGGUCACUGGUCUCCCAGAGGGGUACUUGUUUGUUUGGAAUGAAGAGGUGUCACCGGACGUCUUCCAGGAAAUAGACAAAGAUGGAAACAACGAAAUCAGUUCAGAGGAGUUUUCGAAGUAUAUCCAGGCCCAAGUGGACAAUGGUCGUGGGAAACUAGCCCCCGGCUUUUCUCCAGAUAAGAUAAUUGAGAACAUGUUCUCCAACCAAGACCGGAACGGGGAUGGCAAGAUAACAAUUGACGAAUUCAAGUUGAAGGAUCAGGAGAGAUCCAAACAUGAUGAGCUGUAAAGCCAAGGUUGCAUAACAGUGCUGCUGUUGAGUGGAGAGUAAAGGGUUAACUGAUGGGUUCCUGUCCAUAUUUCUCAACUACAGCAUUAUGGAUAACAGUUAUCUUUAAACAUCAAUUCCCAAUUGUUCAUCCAUGACUGGAGUCAAUACAAUGUUCAUUCAGCUCCUGAGAACAGUUAAUUCACAGAGAAUGUACAUCUUUUGUAGCUUUUUCUUUCCACAUUUUAUUUUUGUUAGUGUUUCAGGAAAUUCAUCUUCCCCCGACCCCUCAUUUCAUACACUCCAGAUUAGUCCUUUUUAAGAUCUAAAUUUACAUCAAGAAUAUCAACGACUGUCAGCCUUAUGCUCAAGAACACCAAACAAUGUUUUCACAUGCAAGUGGAAUUCCUUCUAACUUGUAUGUUAUACAUUGCUUGAGAAUUACUCAUAUUUAGCAAAGUUGUAUCUGGGUGACUCAGUUAGACGAGAAUACUACAACUGCAAACAGGAGAUGCAAAAGCAUCACCCAGUGCAGUAAUUGUGCAUCAACCUUUUUUCCACAAAGGGAGAAGUAACUUCAGAGCUUAAAAUGAAUAGAGUUCCUGAGCACUUUCUAUUUGUGUGAUUUUGCUCCAGGUUAUGGGGAUACAUUCACCAUCAUAACAUUUAAUGGAUUGGAACUACGAUUUACACUUUCUACAGGAGAACCUCACCACACCUUCCCCCCAGGGUUUUAUCUGCAAAUGUCAAAUCAGGACCUGUGAGAUAGAAAUCAAAAGAGAAAAUUUUUUAAAAACCGAGCAGGUCAGGUAGUACCUUUAAAAUUCAGCUUGAUUAUUUAAAGUCUGAAACUUUAAAGUAUGGAUUUUCUUUUCAAAGAUGCUGCCCAAUGUGCCUUACAUUGCCAGCAUUUCUAGUUCAGAUUUUUAUCACAUGCAGUUUUUUUUGCCUUUGGAGAGAUUGCAGCUAGGUUGAAGCUGUGUCUGUUUCUAACAAAUUCCAAAUUGCCUAACCAUUUUACUUCCUGCCCUGCUCAGCUCUAGAGAUAAAGGUGAUACAUAUCACAGUACAAGGAACAAAGACCCAAAGCCUUCCUGAGUUAUUAUCAUUCCCAUUCUGAUAUGUCUCCUCCACUGUCAGGAUUAGGCCACGCUUAGGUUAGAGGAACAACACCUUGUAUUCCAUCUGUGUAGCCAUCAACCUGAUGGCAUGAACAUCAAUUUCUCAAACUUCCAGUAAUGCCUCCACCACCUCUCUCCCCCUCCACCAUUUCCGAUCCCCUUGUCCCUCUCUCAUAUUAACUCUUGUCUAGCCAUCACCUUCCUCUGGUGCUCCCCCCCACCCUUUCUUUUCUUCCAUGGCCUUCUGUCUCUUUCACCAAUCAACUUUCUAGCUCUUUGCUUCAUCUCUCCCCUUCCAAGUUUCACCUAUCAGCUGGUGCUUCUUUCUCUCUCCACUCACCUUUCAAAUUUACUCCUCAGCUUUUUUUCCUCCAGUCCUGCGAAGGGUUUCGGCCCGAAAUGUCGUCUGUACUUUUUCCCAUAGAUGCUGCCUGGCCUGCUGAGUUCCUCCAGCAUUUUGUGUGUGUUGCUCAGAUUUCCAGCAUCUACAGACUUCCUCUUGUUUGAGAUUUAAUACCCUGGUCUCUACUUUUGUACCAUUGUGGAUAAUUGGUAUCCAGGGCUUGAACUUGUUUGUGAGCUUGCAUGUGGUGCUGACUGACAAGUGCAGUCUAUGGUCAGAGGAGCUUCUAUGGUUUCUCACCGUCUUUUAAUCCUGACAAUGCUUUUACUUCUCUGGGACUGGUGUGAAAUGAAAAUGGGGAAAUUAAAGAAAUACUGACCCUGUUACAUUAAUACAUUUAUGCACGGGGUUACUUGGGCCAUUGUGACGAUGCUGGUCAAAGGUUUACCCUAGCACAAUCGCACUUUGAGUUCUUAGUCUGGAACCCUGAUUAUUUGGACACUCCAAUUAGGACAAGUGCUGUCCAGUACUUUUUAAAUGGAGGGAGAGUUUCUCCCUUGCCUAUCAUUCUGAGUAGUGAGUUCUCCUCACUAAAUCCCCAAAACAGCACAUUGAUAAAAAACCUCUUUCCCAUAGUUCUAACCAGCUAUUAUAAAUCUAUGCCUCCCAGCUCUGCUCUAGCUUACAAUUUCUCCUUGAUCUUCUCCAAUCCAAAGCAAACACUCUCUCUCCAUAGCCAGAGUUUACAGCUCAGCCAGUUUCAUCUGCAACUCUCAGUGCUAUCACUAUCCUGUGACCAAACUAUACACUUCUCCAUUUUCAAGCACUUUCUUCAAACAGUUUGCAUGUAAAAUCAGCAGAUUUCAAUUUGUUGGAAUUCUGGCCAUUUGUUCAAUUUUUUAUGCUUACUUUAGUAAUAUAUGGCCCUUUGUAUCAUCACAAAGCUAGAAAUAUAGUAUUCUAUUCCAUCAAUUGAGUUUUGUUAAUAAAUGUUAGUAGUUAUAGCUGUAUCACAGAUACUUGGGGAGACCACAGGUCACAUCUUGAUGCACCAACAAUAACUCUAGGAGACUGGAAGUGAACGAUAGGCUUUUAUUAACAGCGAAAAGGGAGCACAACAUCUCGAAGACUGAGGGAGGAGCAGUGCCCCAAUUGCCUUUAUACAGAGGGUCUGUGGGAGGAGCCACAGGAGCAGUCAGCAGAGGGGCGUGUCCAGACAGGUAUACAUAGUUUACCACGCAUCUAUGCAGUGAGCACCUACCUACUUCGACUCCUACAACAUAGUCAGUAAACUCCUCAAGCUUCAAUUUGUGCCAGCUGUUCAACUGUUUAGAUUGAUAAUAUUAGAUGGUACACUGCUAUUUUAGUUACAUCAGACAUAACCUGCAUGUUUUAACUUUAAAGUUCCAAGUCAAUUUAUUAUCAAAGUACAUAAUCACCAUAUACAACCCUGAAAUUCAUUUUCUUGCAGGCAUACUCAAACCAUAAUAGAAUCAGUGGAAGACUACACCAGAAGGGUGAUAACCAGUGUGCAAAAGACAACAAAUUGUGCAAGAACAAAAAGAAAGCAAAUAAGAAAUAGUAAUAAUAAUAAAUAAGCAAUAGAUAUCAAGAACAUGAGAUGAAGAAUACUUGAAAGUGAGUCCAUAGGCUGUAGGAACAGUUUGGUGAUGGGACGAGUGAAGUUAUCCCCUCCGGUUCAAGAGUCUGAUGGUUGAGGGGUAAGAAUUGUUCUUGAACCUGCUGGAGUGAAUUCUGAGGCUCCUGUACCUUCUUCCUGAUGACAGCAGCGAGAAGAGAACAUUAUCUGGGUGGUGGGGGCACCUGAUGAUGGAUGCUGCUUUUCUGUGACAACACUCUGUUCCAUACUAUCUCUCUGAUCAACUAAAAAUGUCUUGAGUCACUUUUCUUAAUUACAGCCACCCAGCAAUUUUCUGACUGCUCUAUAAUUACCUUGUCUGCCUCUCACUUUUCUUGAAAUAGCAGAGUCAUAUACGCAAUUUUCUACUCUAAGUGAACGAUUCCUAAACUGGGAAAACUUUGAAAGAACAAGCGACGCACACAAAAUGCUGGUGGAACACAGCAGUCCAGUCAGCAUCAGGACUGACGAAGGGUCUUGGCCCGAAACGUCGACAGUGCUUCUUCUUGUAGAUACUGCCUGGCCUGCUGUGUUCCACCAGCAUUUUGUGUGUGUUGCUUGAAUUUCCAGCAUCUGCAGAUUUCCUCGUGUGAACUUUGAAAGAGUAGUGACUUAUGUUAUACAACUAUUUCAUGUAAAGAUUUUCUACUUUUAUGGAUUCCAACCACCAGAGGAAAUAAUUUCAAUAAUGCUAUCAAAUUUCUAACAUUCUCAUCACCUCAGGAAUAUGCGAAACCCGUGUAACUGAUUUUCAGAAUUGAUUCCACUGCCGAAACCCUGGGAUACAGUGAAUACUGCUGAAUACACUUUCCGCAGGGGCCUUAUUUUCACCCCAGUAUUCAAAGCUCAGAACUCAAUUUUCCAACUUGAUCCAAAUGGGACUCAAAGAAAACUUACUCCCUGUUCAAGUCCAAGAAGCAUUUAAGGUUUUUUAAUCUUUUUGAUGAGUCUUUGACUUCAAAGCACCCCAAAGGCAACCCCUUGAAAAUGUAGUAAUUACUUAGUGUUUCAUGUCACCCAAUGAAGGUGGUAUCUGCUUCAGGAUCUUUCAUCAUAAUAUCCAUUUAAUAAUUUAGAGACUUUAAUUCACCAUGACACAUUUCCUUAAAAAUCCAACCUUUGAUAUUUUACUAAUCAGUUUCACUUUUAAACUUAGAAAUUGACUCACCAGAAUUGUGGUGAAACUGCUUUUUUUUUGGGUACAAGUUAUAUACUGGGGUUAGGAAGGUUCUUUAUCAAAUUUGUUUUUAUGUAGAAUUUUUGCUCUUGGUAAACACUGAAAAAGUUUAUUUGCUUUAAAGGUACAAAUGAUUUUUCUGUAUGCAUUCAAACAACAGUGUGUUCAGGUGUUGAAAGAGACAGAACCCUGUGUUUCGUCUGUGGUGGUAUUUUCAUUAAAUAUUUGGGUUUUUGUAAA